UCAAGAACAAACCGAAAGGGAGGGUUUCAUUUUCAUUAUAUAGCGGAUUAGUGGUGAUGAAUUGCUAGUUAAGCUGAUAACCACUCACUCACCGGAACUGACUAUUCUUUGUGAAGAUGAGUAGUGAACCUUCUCUCUCGCAUUUUACUAAAUUUAAUUUUCUCCUCUACUUCUUCCUUUGGCUGCUGAGUUCCCAACUGAUCAAGUUUCAGGUUGUCGCUCAGCCCUUGAAUGAUGAUGAUGUGUCAGCUUCGGGCAUAAUAGCAGAAAAGUUGGAUUUGAAACCACUACCAGAUUUUGAUGAGGACCAAUAUUGCAACAACACUGCCGCUGCUUAUGAAGCGGGCGUGUAUUGCGACUGCAGCUACAACAGCUCCACCCUUUGCCACAUCGUUGCCAUUUCGCUGAGCAAUAGAGGCUUGACCGGAAUAAUUCCUGCUGAACUGGCCAACCUUACGUAUCUAGAAAGACUCGAUCUUUCUAACAACAAACUUCAUGGUGAAAUACCUGAUGAGUUGGGAACUUUGAAGUUUCUCUACAUUAUAGAUCUUUCAAAUAACCAAUUGACUGGGGAAAUUCCACGUAGUCUUGGGAAUUUGAAUCCUUAUGUGAUGCGAAUCCACCCGAGACUGCUCGACCAACAACCCGUUGGGGUGCUGACCCAAUACAAAUGAAGGUGAGACCGAUCACUAGGGCCCAAGCCAAGAGGUUCAAGGACAAUCUUGCUGUCUUCAUACAAGGAAUAAGUCAUAGCCAAGAGGGGUUGGCCACAUCUAAAGAACCAAGGCCUGUUUUACUCAUACAAGCAAUAGAAGCCAAAACAGGGUCGGGUGACGUUUUUGGUGCUAAUAAGGAGGCCGGGUUGUAUGAAUUGGAACCCCAUCUUUAUGGGUUCAAUUCAUAUGGAGGA